AUGGCGUCAUUGACUAAAGGUUUCGAGCAUUUUGAUUCUAAACUUUUCGCAACUAUUAGUCAACAAAACAAUGGUCAAAAUGUAUUUCUUUCACCAACAAGUAUUGCUCUUGCCAUAUCUAUGUGUACAGUUGGUGCUCGAAAUGAAACAUUACAACAAAUGUUACAAGUACUUGAAGUAUCGUCAAAAGAAGAAUUAAUUCAAAUAGCUGAAGAAGUUAUGCAAGUAUUUUCACAUGCUGAUGAAAGUAAAUCCUCAACAGAUGAAUAUGCAAAUGAUUUACCGCCACUAAGAUCAAGACUUUCUAUGGAACCUAAUUUUAUACCAUUUCAACUUAAAUUAGUUAAUCGUCUUUAUGCACAAAGAGGAUAUAAAACACGAGAAAAAUACGUAGAUCUUAUUAAACGAUCAUUUCAAUCCGAUAUUAAAUAUGAAGAUUUUCAAAAUAAAAGUGCUUAUGUUGUUCGAAAAAUAAAUACAUGGAUAGAAGAAAAAACAAACAGACAGAUACGUGACAUAUUAUCAACGAAAGACGUCACAAGUGAUACACGAUUCAUGCUUAUUAAUUGUAUCUACUUCAAGGGUGAAUGGCAAGAUAAAUUUCAAGAAAGGAAUACUGAUAAAAAUGCAGACUUUUAUCAGGCAAAUGGUGUUACUUCAAAAAUUGCAUUAAUGUAUAGAAAAGAAUGCUAUAAUUAUGUUGAAAACGAAGAUUUACAUGUUCAAAUUGCUCAUUUACCAUAUAAAAGUUCAGAUCAAUAUUUUAAAUUCGUUUUCACAAUUGUUUUACCACAUGAAGGUAUAGAAGUAGAUAUAGUCGAACAAAAAUUAAUGUCAAAUCCGAAAUUAAGACAGGAAGUAUUAAAUAUUGUAAGUGCACCAUUAACAGACGUUUCAAUUUAUUUGCCGAAAUUUAAAUUAGAAACUAAUUAUGAAUUAAAAGAUAUUCUUAUCUCAUUGGGGAUGGAAGAUGCAUUUAGUGAGACAAAAGCAGAUUUUAAAGGUAUUAUUGGCAGAGUAACUGAUGAAAAUAGUAUAUGCAUAAGCAAAGUUAUUCAUAAAACAUUUCUUAAUGUCAAUGAAAAUGGUGAGUAG